AUUUUCUGUUACUGAAGCCCGGAUUGCACUACACGGCUUGAUUUUGGUAUGGCGACACAAUACCCACCUCCUUCGAAACGGCAGAAGCGGGCGCAGGCCGAAUUCACGCGCGAACAACAAAAUGUCGACACAACGAUCCCAGACGGCACCGUACGAGUACGCUUUGUAGACCAGGCCACAGGCGAAAGUGGCAGUCUGCCUGUCCUUACUGUACCGCUCUCGCAAGCGACCACCAAAAACCUUGAGAUCCUCCUGAACGAGCUCAAAGACCAAGCCGAGGACCAAGUACCGUACCGAUUCUUCCACGACGAGGCUACAGAAGCGCUUGGAGACAGGGAAGACUUGUACAAUGCAUUGGUGAAGUCAGGGAAGGCAUCUGCAGAAACAGAGAUAGUGCUGCAGUACGCGCCGCAAGCUGUGUUCAGAGUAAAGGCUGUGUCGAGAUGCGCAGCAGCAGUCUCUGGGCAUGGAGACAACAUCUUAGCGGUGCAGUUUUCACCAAAGAGCUCAGGACGGAUGGCUAGUGGAAGUGGAGAUAAAACAGUGAGGAUAUGGGACUGCGAAACUGGAACACCUGUACACACCAUGAAGGGCCACACGAGGUGGGUGCUUGCGGUCAGCUACUCCCCAGACGGCUCAUUAUUGGCGUCCGGAGGGUACGACAACGAGGUCAGGAUAUGGGAUUCUGAGACAGGAAAGCAGGUUGGCGGUGCGCUAAAGGGACACACCAAUUUCAUCACGUCACUUUGCUGGGAGCCAUAUCAUCUACAAGAGCCAGGGCGGCCGAGAGUAGCGUCUUCGUCAAAGGAUGGCCUGGUACGAGUGUGGGAUGCAGUCGGCGGCAAAAUCGAUUUCGCGCUGUCAGGACACAAGGGCAGUGUGACAUGCGUCAAAUGGGGUGGUACUGGACGCAUAUACACUUCUUCCCACGACAAGACAAUCAAGGUCUGGAACGCGGCGACCGGCUCGCUGCUCAGUACCUUGUCAGGUCACGCUCACUGGGUGAACCACCUUGCUCUUUCUACCGAUUUCGUCUUGCGCACUGCAUACCACGACCACACACGGAAGGUACCGUCGACACCGGAAGAGAUGGUCGCAAAGGCGAAAGCACGCUUCGAAAAGGCUGCAACUAUCAAUGGAGAGAUUAUUGAGCGUCUUGCGACAGCUUCAGAGGACUGCACUCUGAUCCUGUGGACUCCUUUGACUAGCCCAAAGCCGGUCACCAGGAUGACUGGACAUCAAAAGCAGAUCAACCAGGUUGUCUUUUCACCAGAUGGUCAGCUUCUUGCAUCUGCAGCGUGGGACAACCACGUCAAGCUCUGGUCAGCCCGGGACGGAAAGUUCCUCAACACCUUACGAGCGCACGUGGGUCCUGUGUACAUGGCAAGCUUUUCCGCAGAUAGCAGACUGCUCGCCAGUUGUAGCAAAGACACAACGCUCAAGGUCUGGGACAUGAGGACAGGAAAGCUGAAGGAGGACCUUCCAGGCCACAAAGACCAGGUCUUUGCGUUGGACUGGAGUCCAGAUGGCGACAAAGUGGGCAGUGGAGGAGCAGACAAGCAAGUGAGGAUAUGGAGGAACUGAGGAGCUGAG